AUGUCGGUAGAGAAGUCCUGGAAUAAUAGUACUUGUGUACCUUCAAUAGUGAGUGAUUUAAUCUUUCGGUCUUCUAACUCUGAUAUUCGAGUCUCUGCCUCUGUCAGCCUACUGGAGAACUGCCUAAUUUCCACCGUCAACCCAGCCAGAUCUUUUUCAAUGACUCAAGUUGUGGUCCUGGAUCAGCUCAAAAGGGAUGGCAUUCACAGUUCCUCUGUGUUGAGGAUGCUGUCUUGCAUCAUCAGGUGGUCAGAGACUCAUCAGAGUAUUAUCUCUGCCAUUCAUGUUACUGGAGUCAACAACUUUCUCAUUUACCAACAGCUACAUCUGGGAUUUUUGGACCUUAGCUUUGAUGGUGUGACAAUUAAAUCUCUGUUACCAGACACAUCUACCAUAUAUGUGCCUGAUACACCUAAUAAUGCUAAGGAGCAGCUUAUUGAUGCUGUUCUGGUUCUUAAGUUUUAUGGGGAUGCAACUAAGCUAAGUCUAUUAGAUUUUCUUCUGCCUUCUUUGUUCCCUUUUGGGACACCACAAGCAUCACAAGCUUACAGCUACAACUUUAGCAGCCUGGAUUAUGGCGUUGAUCAAAAAGUCCUAUCCGGUAGCAGAACAAGAUAUAUUAAACCUACAAAACCAGCUGCAUCUGCAGGAAAAUGUGGUUCAUGGGGCAGAGGAGCAUACCAGUUAAUAAGUGGCCAAACAUUCUACGCCAUGUCCAAAAGUCUUGUCACCUUAUGCCGUCACUGUGUGGAGGAUGGUGCCCAGUUUAAUAUCGAAAUGAAGCGUGACAUAACUGGAUAUAUUGAAAAAAUAAAAAUCAACUUAGAUAGCAAUUACUAUGAAAUCCAAGGGAGCAACAUUUUAGUUAAUGAUGUACCGGUCAAACUGCCAUAUAUGAACAAACUGGCUGGUAUUAAAACAUGUGGAAUGUUCAAAAAAGUUUUUAGCCGUCGAAAUGUUUUAUCAGCAACGUGGCAUGAAACUAGCACUUUUAGAUUAACUUUGAGUGGGGGACUUCAAACCUGCGGUCUUUGUGGAAAUGGAAGUACAAUUCCAGAUAAGGAUAUUUAUGAACACUUUGAAAGCUGCAUUGUUGAAAAAGACGGUGAAACAGAAAUUGUAUCAUCAGAUCCUGUUAAAGAAGGAACAUUAUACUGUCAGGGUAUCAUUUCAUCUUACUUCUCAUCAUGUGAUUUUGAAAACACUUCAUUAAAUGACUUAAUAAAAAUGUGUGCUUGUGAGUAUGACACCUGUGACCAAGAAGAUAAGAGACUAUGCACGUGUACAACAUUUACUGAAAUGUCCCAGAUUUGUGGAUCCACAGGAUGUUUAGGACAAGUUAAAUCAUGGAGGGAUGAUUCCAACGUAAAGUGUGGUAAACCUAAGUGUCCAGAGACACAGAUCCAUGAUGAAUGUGCUCCUGCUAAUGAACCAAAAUGCAGUAAUCCAAGACCCUUCCAAGAUAGUGGCUUUAUCCCUGGCUGUACCUGCCUUCCUGGUCAAGUUGUUGAUGACAUUAGUGGAAGCAAUGCGUGCACUGCUGUGGCUGAUUGCCCAUGCUCAUACGGAGGAAAAAUCUACUCGUCAGGAGAAAAAAGAAAAAGUGUUUGCAGCUCAGAGUGCACAUGUGAAGGUGGAAUAUGGUCUUGUACUAAAGGGAGAUGCCCUGGCACAUGCAAAGUGGAGCAAGGGAUAUAUGUUACAACCUUCGAUGGCAAAACAUUCAACUUACAUGGGGACUGUCAAUAUUUAUUAUCUUACCAAGAAGAUUCUUGGUUAAUUUAUCUUGAACUAGGACAGACAACAUCUGCACAGGCAACAACUUACAUAAACAGUGUAACUCUCAGUUGUCCAAAGGGAAAGGAUAAACAAACAUUUGUUUUUAGCAAGGAUGGAGCACUUUCAAAUUCUGAUGUGAAAAACCCCAAAUUUUAUGAGUCAGACCAACUACAGCUAUACCGUUUAGGUGGUUAUUGGCAAAUACAAAUUAGCAAUGGCCCUCUUCUUGUAAUACAGAUCAUCCCUAAAAUGCAGGUGUAUAUAUCUGUUCCAAAAGAAGGAUUAAGUGAUACAAAAGGUCUUUGUGGGUCACAUAACAAUAACGCAGAAGAUGACUUUACAUCAAGUCAAAAUAUAUUGGAGUCUUCACCUGAUGUAUUUGCAAACUCCUGGAAAGUGUCUUCUUGCCCUAAUCCAACACCACCUUCUUGUAUUAAUUUGGACAAUGAAAAUUAUGCAACUGAGCAUUGUUCCCAGAUUACGGAUAUUAAUGGAGCAUUUAGUGAAUGCCAUGCUAUUUUGGACUACACACAAUUCCAUUCGAGAUGUAUAUACUCAACCUGUAUAAGUGAUGAUCCUACUCAAGCCUGCUGUGCAGCAAUAUCAAAUUAUGCUAUGGCUUGCGCUGAGAACGGAAUCAAAGUAGACUGGAGAAAAGACAAUUGCAAAAAAACAUGUAAGGAUGAUUUGGUUCUCCAAUUCAGUCAUGUGUCCUGCUAUCGUUCAUGCCAUUCUUCUGGAAAGGCAGAGAAACGUUGUGAAGAUCACGAUCUUCAAAUUGAAAUAUGUGGUUGCCCAGAGGGAAAAUAUGUAAAUUAUCAGGAGUCUUGUGUUCCCAAAUCUGACUGUGAAUGUCGCCUUGCUUCCGAAAUAAUACCUGCUCAACAGUCAAUUAAAAUAAAUGAACAUGUAUGCUACUGUUCUGGAGGAACUGUAACCUGUAAAUCAGAAAAUCAACCAAAAGAAGAAUGCGCAGGUGGUUCAGAAUUUGUAGAUUGCGUUUAUCCAGAUUCCCGCCCACAAACUGAUUUAGAAUGCAGUACUAGACAUUUACCAAAGAUACAGGGAGGAAAAAACUGCAUACCUGGAUGUUACUGUCCAUCACCAAUGGUCAGAAACUCAAAAGGAGAAUGUAUUCAGCCCUCUGAGUGCCCAUGUGUUUUUGGAGGUGAAGAAUAUGCAAAUGGAAAAUCUGUGACCAUUUCAUGCAAUGAAUGUAAAUGCAAAGAUGGACAAUGGGAAUGCACAAAGAAUGAGUGUCAUUCUACUUGCCAUAUCUACGGCGAUGGACAUUUCAAAACGUUUGAUAGCAAGUGGUUCAGUUUUGAUGGCCUUUGUCAAUAUGUAAUUGCUGAAGAUUAUGUUAAUGGAGGAAAAGGAACAUUUAGGAUCUUGGCACAAAGUGUUCCAUGCUGUGAAGAUGGACUAACCUGUGCAAGAAAAAUUGUUAUGUCAAUUUCUAGUACAAGCAUCGUUCUUCAGGAUGGAACAGCAACAAUGGAGAAUGUUGAAUGUUCUGACUGUUCUUCUACAAAGCUUGUAGAUACCAUUGCCGUACAAAAUGUUGGUAUCUAUGUGACAAUUACUUCAGAUAUCGGAAUAACAAUUAUCUGGGACAAAAGGACAAGAAUAUCAAUUAUACUAGAUCCCCAAUGGACAGGAAAAGUAAGCGGUCUUUGUGGAAAUAAUAAUGGAGACCAAAAUGACGAUUUCGUAGCGAGACAUGGUGCAUUAGUUGCUGAUGCAUUAUCUUUUGGAAAUUCUUGGAAAGAAGAUUCUUCUUGCCAGGAUACUGUGGCACAAGUAUUCCCUUGUGAUGCCAAUCCCUAUUGUAAAUCAUGGGCUUUAAGAAAAUGUCAGCUUAUAAAGGAAGCUGCAUUUAGUAGCUGUCAUUCUAAAGUUAACCCAGAGCCGUAUUAUGAAGCGUGCAUGAAAGAGGCCUGUAUUUGUGAUAUGGAAGGCAAAUAUGUUGGGUUUUGUACUACUGUGUCCAUGUAUGCUGAUGCAUGCAAUGCUGCAGGGCAAUGUGUUCAAUGGCGUUCUAUAGAUUUGUGUCCUGUGUUUUGUGAUUAUUACAAUGGGUAUGGAGAAAAUAUUUGGCACUAUGAAGCCGGUGGGUCAUCAAACAUGCUAACAUGCAGUGGGAUUAAAAAUAAAGCUUCACCAACACUAGAAGGUUGUUAUGCCAGAUGUCCUAAAGAUGCCCCGUAUUAUGAUGAAAAUACCAUGAAGUGUGUUUCACUUUCAAAAUGCAGUUGUAGUUACAAAGGACAAGUAAUUACCGCUGGAACAAUAGUUAUAGAUGAUUGUGGAAGAAGCUGCUGCUGCAAGGAAGGAGAAGUAGAUUGCACAGGAACACCAGGUUAUGAAGUAACUAAACCAACACCAGGAACACCAGGUUAUGAAGGAACGCCUGGUUAUAAAGGAACACCAGGUUAUGAAGUAACUAAACCAACACCAGGAACACCAGGUUAUGAAGGAACACCAGGUUAUGAAGUAACUAAACCAACACCAGGAACACCAGGUUAUGAAGUAACUGCACCAGAACCAGGAACACCAGGUUAUGAAGGUAUAGUCUUACUUAUGUAUAUUUUUGAAUGA